UGCAGUCUUUCCUCAUAAGAGGGAUGCUCCAGACCCCAAAUCAUCUUUGUGGCCUCCACUGAUUCCCCUUAUGUGGGAAUCUUCAGAUUUCAGUUCAGUAGCUGCUCUGUCUGGUGUGAUCCAGAGUAUGGAUGGGAGAGAGGGAAGGGCUGGAGUAAAUUUGGUGGCGAAAUGAGCCAAGGCAAUGGUAACAAGGUCUUGCUUUACCAGCUCUGGUUCCUGGUGUCUAGAAGAAGUGGCAUCAGCUGGUUUUGGUGUGUGAGUGGACACAGGAAGCUCCCUCACAUUUAUUCCAACUGGAGCCCCUGUGGCAGCUUUAUUGUUUUUAGAUUAGAUAACAUCAGAUCUGUGCAACUUUAUCCUUUUUGGCCAUCAAACAGUGGGGAAGCUGAGCACACAAGCCAAAUUAUGUCUGUGUUGGCUCCUUUAGUGUCAAAAGGCAGUUCUUUAAGGUGUUUUAAAUAGGAAGAUAUUACAUGAAGGAUAGUUAAAAGGGAAGGGUUGUGUUCCUAUAGGUGUCUAAGAGGCUGAGUAUGAGGAUUUGGUGUAUCAUCUUGCUGUGCAACCUAGUCUGGGAGCUGCUGGGGAUCGUUCCCAGUGGGAGUAUGGGAUGAGGAGAAGCUUUCUGCCAAAGCUUCUUGCUUAGGAAAUUCUAGUGCUGUUUUAGGUGUCCUGGCGGGUGUUUGAGAGGGAGGGAGGGAUGACUAGGCUGGGAAAUGGCAGAAUUGCCUGUCUGGUGAAAUAUGGUUUUGGAGACAAGUAUCAUGUAACAAUCUAAACUUGAGCUCAGUGGUGGGGGAAUGGACUUGGAACUCGGUUCUUGCAAGAAAACAAAACCCUAUAUCUUUAUAAUAAGGCCUCAGCACUGUGGUUGUUUUUUUUUUUUCCCAUCAUAAUGACUGUUUCUUGGUAUUAACUCCUCUGAAUUCCCCUCUGAAACACUUGAGGGAACUCAAGGGGAUGCUUUCUCCUGCAUCCUGGCUGUGCUGCUGCUCUUUGCCCAGCUGAUCCGGUGCCACGUCCCUGUGGAGCAUCCUAGGGCUUGCCCUUGUGUGGAGGUGGGGUGGUCAAAUGUGUUUUCACACAUGUUUUUACCAGCAGGGUGAUUGCUGCUCAGAUCCAGUCCCGAGGCCACGGCCUCCUUUCUAGAAAGUGAAUUUUCUGAGAGGAUGUGCCCACCCUUUGAACUCCUUUGUUGAUGAGUUACUGUUGCUACAGCUACAACACACUUGUUCUUGCGGUAAAGCUUUAGUUUUCAAAAUAUCAAAAGCUUUAGUGCUUUUUAGUGCUGCACAGAUGAGGAGACCUUGACCCCCCCUUCAUCCACUCUGGCUGAGUUAAUACAUUUGUUUUCCUGAGCUGCAGCAGCAUUCAAACCUGACGAUAAGACGGGGAAUUCUGUGGGACCCAACUGCCGGCCGUGGCUGGGAGGAUGUGAUGCUUUGCUGCUGCCAAAAUCCGAGUCCUUCCCACAUCUUGUGUACGAAGGCAUAUGUUUGGGGGUGGCUUCAGAAAGGGAGAACGACACCAUUAUGUUUUUAACUUCCUCUCCUGUUUUGUUUCUCUGUGCAUCUGUAUUUCAGUCUUUCUCUGUGCAAAACUAGCAAAUCGGCUGAAGCACCUACUGCUAAAGAUCAGCCUUGGUACAGAAACAGUGGUAAUUAAAAGGCACUCGAAAGUUGUUGUUCUUUCGCCAUCACAGUCCGUUAAGGCGCCGGUAAGAGUAUAUCUGCUCCAAGGACAAGGUGUAGAAGGCAGUGAGAACAAGAGAUACUGCAGAGCAGGGUUGUUUUUGGUGUAAUCUGCCUUAUCAGCAUGUGAUGCAAAGACAGGGCAGUUUUCACAGGACUUGGAGGCUGCGUGGUGACAUGUUUUCUGUCCUUUGUGAAAUCCACCACGUUAUUUUGAUUAGAACACUAACGUAACCCCUGGCAGCCUCAAAUCUUACUGCCAGCAGCUAUUUCCCUCCAAAGCCUGGUGCAGUGCUAACAAGCAGAAGGAUCUCGUGUGCCCUGUUUACGCGGAGCUCUGGAGACGGAGGUGUUCCGUGGGAGGUAACAAGGUAGCGCUGUAGCUGUGUAUAUAAGGUGGAAAAAUGUUGUGUGUGCAGACAGGCUGUUGUGUUAAUUUGUGUUUGAUGGUGUUCAGAAACUCCAGCUGCAAUAAUGGCAUGACGUUAAGUUCUUUUAUACAUAAAUGUAUAUAUUUUGUAUCUGUGCAUGCACAUACGUGUAUACAUAUUUUUUUGUCUCGUGGGAAAGUCCGUGUUUGGAUCAUCGGUGCUUCAGCUGCUCCUGUACUUGAAUGUGAUUUUCUGAUGUUUGUUCAGUUUUUAGGUGGCAGAGACACGGUGAAGCUCUGUGUGGGGCAAGGAGAGCUGAUGGGGGAGCCUGGGGUGUGACCCAGGAUGGAUUGGCUGUGACGGCGUGCCUUAGCUGGAGAGGUAGUUACCAUGAAGAGUUCCUGCAGAGCUGGCCUCCACAGGGAACCGCUGAAUUCCACAUCCUCCACCUUCCACCAAGUCAAACGGGUCUCUGGUAUGCACUUAAAGCCAUAUCUCAAGUUACAGAAGAAAGAGCGAUCCCCAGAAAUAAGCCAGGAUUCCCUGCGAGGCCACCAAGGAUCAGCACAAGGAGAAAAAUACACCACCUGCACCAAACUGAGCGUUUUCCCAAAACCCUCCCUCGUGACUCCAUCUCAAAAGCUUCUGGGGAUUAUUUAUCCGAAUACUAUGUGCAAUAUGAACGGGAAAGGUCCAGCGGAUGGUCCGAGUGCAAGGGAAAAGAAGAACGCCCUGUCUGCAACGAUCCACCAGGGAGAGGAAGGGGAAGGGCCUCUGGAUGUCUGGGCCGUGGUGAAACCUGGCAACACGAAGGAGAAGAUCGCGUUCUUCGCGGCCCAGCAGUGCAGCAGCACCAGCCGGGUGGGCUCCAUGAAAAUCAAGAGCACGUGGGACAUCGACGGGAGGACGGCCAAGCGCAGGAAAAAAUCGGUGGACCUCAAAAAAGCCAAAAUCCAACUGGAAAGGAUGAGGGAGGCCAACGCCAGGUGCUCCCAGCCGGAGCCUUUUGCCUGUGGCAUCGAGCAGUGCUCGGUGCACUACGGGAGUGACAGCGGAGAGGGGGCGUUCCCGGGCCGGUCCCUCUCGGUGAUAGAGAUGGUGGCUUUCCUGGAGCAGCGGGCGAGCGCUUUGCUGGUGGACUGUGCUAAAACCUGCACGGCUGCUCCUGCCACGAGGCCGAGCGCUCAGCCCAAGGGGGCCCUUCCCGGCUCCGACCCUUUUUCCUCGGCCGGGGCGUGCGAGGUGCCCGCGGAGCAGCAGGGCGAGCCCGUGCGCGUGCUGGACAUGGUGGCCAAGCUGGAGUCGGAGUGCCUGAAGCGCCAGAGCGAGCGGGAGGCCGGGAGCCUCUCCCGGAACAACAGCUUCCGCAGAAACGUCGGGAGGGUGCUCCUGGCCAACGGCACCCAGCCCGAGGGAGAGGCGGGGAAGGGGGUGCCGGGGGUUCUGGCUCAGGGGGAUGGCUUGGGGGAGGCGGGGGUGGCAGAGGCGGGAUACGGAGGUCGUUGUGGUGCUCUGGGUGACGCCGAGUUGUGGGAUGGCGGCGCCUCUGCUCGGCGGCCUUUUCCUUCGGGGCUGGAUACCCGGAUGGGGAAUGUGAACUCGGGACUUGCUCACGCGGUGCUGGCGAUGGCAGCCGGCAGGAGCGACACUGAGACACGGAUUGAGCCUCCCAGAGCUCUGCUGUCCUCGUGUCCAGCUGCUGCUGCCAGGCUGCCACCGGAUCCCUUGCAGAGCAAAAACGCGACUGUUGAUUGUACGUCGAAGGAGCCUGUGAUUUUCCCAAAGCAGAGCCUGCAUCCUGCGAGAAAGGAGCCCUUGUGCAUCAGUAUAUCCGUCACCAAGACCGAGAAAGGGUGCAGGAAAGAGAAGCUCUCCAACUCCAGUUCCAGUGAGGAUUCGCUCCCGGGGAGGCUGUUCUUCCUCCAGGACGAGCAGCCUGCUGCUCACGAGCAACAGCCACCGCGGGAAAGUACCCAAGAGAAGCCAGGAGAAGUAGCCCAGAAUGAGGAUGAGGAUGCUUUGGCAUCCGGCAGGUUGUGUGUCAGGAGCAGUGUCCCUACAGAGCCAUCGGCCCCCUCUGUCCCUCCCACAGAAGGGGCCUUGCAAGUACUUGACGCUUCCUGCCUGAAAAGGCAGGUUUCGCAUGACUUUCUGGAGACCAGGUUUAAAAUCCAGCAGCUUCUGGAGCCUCAGCAGUAUAUGGCCUUCCUGCCUCACCACAUCAUAGUGAAGAUCUUUGGGUUGCUCCCUACCAGGAGCCUGGUGGCCCUGAAAUGCACUUGCUACUACUUCAAGUUCAUCAUCGAGUACUACAACAUCCGGCCGGCGGACUCGCGCUGGGUCCGGGACCCCCGGUACCGGGAGGACCCCUGCAAGCAGUGCAAGAAGAAGUACGUGAAGGGGGACGUGUCGCUGUGCCGGUGGCACCCCAAACCCUACUGCCAGGCCCUGCCCUACGGGCCUGGCUACUGGAUGUGCUGCCACCGGUCCCAGAAGGGCAUCCCGGGCUGUAAGUUGGGUCUCCACGACAAUCACUGGGUCCCCGCCUGCCACAGCUUUAACCGCGCCAUCCACAAGAAGACCAGAGGAGCGGGAGCCGAAGUGGAAGAGGAAUAUUAGUGCACAUACACUUUUCCUGCGAGAUUGUUUGGGGUAGGAGGAGAUUCUCAUGCCUUGUGCUGUUUACAGUGUAUAUAAUUGUCGUGGUUACUUUUUUUUUUGUUGUUGUUUUCCACAGGGCUAUGAAACUGCACAUACUCAAACACAAGAGCCUUUACCUUUUAGAUUAAAGAGAGCUUUUAGUCCAUCUCUGUAAAUAACACUAUAAAAAAACCCCUAAUUGUACAUACAGAGUCUACAGCUGGCUGAACAAGGUAACCCCCUACAAUGCAGCUAUCCCAGUGUUGCGGCUAUAGGUGUGUGUGUUUUUAAGUGUCUUGUUUCAAAAUCUGUAUAUUCCGCAUAAUAUAUGAAUGUUUCUGAGAAGAAACUCUAAAUAGGUAAAGGUCAACUUGUUUAAAGAAGCUGCAGACAACUUAACUGGACAACCUGAAACUUAGACUAUAGAACAGACCCAUUAUAGUAGCGUGGCAGUGGAUUUAAAAAAAAAAAAAAAA